AUGGCUGCGCCUGCGGCGCAGGAUGUGCCGGUUCCGGCUGAUGGAGCCGAUCCAUGGGACGAUCGUGAUCCGUGGCAAGCAGCCUCGGAUGCACCGCCAGAGUCUGAGGAUGGAGAAGCUUCUCCGUCAGGCGCUGGCGAUGGUGAUGAAGAAGCAGAGCCUGGACGCCCACCCAGUGGAGCUGAGGUGGAACCUGGGCGCUCUCCGACGGGGCUUCCCAAGGGUGGCCUCCUGGAGUACCAGUACCUCCUGCCGUGCCUCCGGGGUGGCCCCAUGGAGUACCUGUACCUCCUGUUGUGCCUCCUGGGUGGCCUGCUGGAGUUCAGCCACAUUUUCCUCUACCAGGUGUUCCGGGAACUGCUCCAGGGUGGCAUGCUGGAGUACCACCUUACCCUGUGCCUCCCCAACAGUGGCCUUAUCUUCUACCGCCAGGUCCUGGUCAUUAUGCAGGUGACCCUUCCGGUGCUCAAGGGUUACCUCCACAUGCUGGCUCGGGAUGGCAGUCAGCCCCCUGGAGCUGCUGUGAGUUCUCCGGCCCAAGUGGGUUCUGAGAUGCCGCCGGCGACCACUUUGGCAGGAGAUGGGGCACAGGAUACCGUGAGAACUCCUGUGGCUACUUCCCGGCCGGCUUUAGGGGCAUCUCUUUUGGCUCCUCCCCGGCUGGCUUCAGGCGCGUCUCCUUUGGCAGCGAAGGCUCCGACCGACUCCUCGAGUAGUGCUGGCACGUCGGAGUUGAAGAGUAUGCUUCGGAGGCGAGCUCGUGAUCAAGAUCGCCCCAAGUCAAGCAUAGGGUCGGUGAGGAUUGAGGAGUUCAGUGGCGAGAGAAAACGGUUUCGAUCAUGGCGGCGGGCUACGGAAGCCCAAGAGCACUUGUAUAAGCUUGAGGCCUCCGAGCUGGCCAUGCUGCUUUACCUGAGCACCAAGGGGGAGGCCCGGGACAUCCUCGACCAAAAGGCCUUGGCAGACUUUACCGCGCCAGGCGGCUUGACGAUCAUGUGGCGUCUUCUUGAAGAGGCUUUUGGCGAGUCGAAUGCGGAGAGUUUUGAACGGGCAGAGAAGGAGCUGUCCAGUUACCGCCGGUUGCCGGGGCAAAGUGUUGCUUCUUAUGUGGCUGGGCUCAAGGGGCUUCGGAUGAACUACACCAUCGAGGACCCCGACAGCACUUGGAGUGAUAAAGCUUGGGCCCAACGAUUGCUGAAUCGAGCUGGGCUGUCGCGGCGGGACAGGCUGGAUGUGUUCUACUCGGCGGGCGGUAGCUACGACAGUGCUGCCAUUGAGCGGGCCUUGCGGCACAGGUGCUCCCACGUUCAUGAAGAAGAGCGGCGCCUGCCGUCGUUAACUACCAGGUCGGUUCGCUCAUCUCGGCCCUCUUCCUCGGCGGCUUCUUCGGUGUCUGCCUCGACCUCGGCGUCUUCCUUCAGGAGCCGAGGGUCUAAGAAGCACGGCGUGCAUGUGGCCGAGCACCCUGACGACGAUGAGGCGGAGGACCACGACGAAGAAGACCUGGAACAGGAGGAGCAGGACCAGGGCGGGCCGCUGCUUGAGGACGGUGACCUUGAUGAGGAAGGCGAGGGCGAGCCUGACCAUGAUUCCCAGGAGGAGGUGGACGUCUUCGAGGCUUUCCAGGCCGGCUGGAAGGCCAAGUCCAAGGCCGGGGAAAAGCGGAAAGCUCGGGGCUACAAGCCGUCGGCGGGAACUUCUGCGAGACCUGGCGGUGGCAGCCCGGCUGGCAAGAACCUGGCGCUGAAGAAGAAAAGCUCUACGUGUGCAAGCUGCGGGGCGAGAGGGCAUUGGCGUGGAGAGCCCGAGUGCCCCAAUGUGCAGAGUGGCCAGGAGGCACCCCACAGGCCAGCCACGGGUCCGAACCACCCGGCGAACGAAGUGAACUUCGUGAACUUUACUUUCAUGGUGGGGACCUUGGCUGAAUGCCCUUCUUGCGGGCACUUCUGUGAUGAGGAAGCGGCUUUCUGCUCGAAGUGUGGCACCCGGCUGAACAAGAGGGACUGGACUGUUGUGUCGGACCCGGGGGCCGCUGCUCGCCCAUUGGAGCCAGCACCCCCUCGCCCAAUGAGGCUGGAGAUCUCCAAGACCACGGUGGGCAAGUCACACGAGAAGGACAAGAAGGUUCGGCUGAAGCCGUUGGAGGUGUUGGGCGCCGUGGACAAGAUGAGCAAGGAGGAGAAGAAGGCGAUCCGGACCUUGCUGCAGGAGGAGGAGACCGAGGCAGCAUGGGCUUCUUUGGAGUCGGUGCGCCCCUAUGCCUCGGAGUCUGGGGCACGUGGCUCCACAGACUUUGCGCCUCCAGUGCGCCCACGGCCCGAGGAUGAACGGCGAGCCCGUGAUCAACUGCCGGUGCGGCCUUCUUCGGGGCAAGGGGCUACCUAUCUCGAGCCGAUCCGACCGCCUGGGCCAAAAGACGCAUGGGGCAGGGACAAGGCGAAGGCGGUGAAACAAAAGGAGCUGGAUGAUUUCCGGCGAGAGCUCCAUGAUCGCCAAUGUGAGCGGGGUCGCUGUGUCCCCAGUGCUGCUGCACCUCGUCCCUCUGAGAACCAGGCCCGGUGUGUGCACAAGUUUGGGGACCUUUUGUGGACAGCCAAUCAACAUGGGCAUUUUGCUCGGUGCUCCCGGUGUGACCUCAAGCAUGUGAUCUACUAUAGCAUCCGGCAUGGUGUGCUGAUGGUGAACCAGGUCCUUGAGAACACCAGUGGCGACAACAACGAGCAAGGACCAGUAUGGUCCCCUGGGCUGGCUGUGGCAGACACGGGCUGCCGUACCUCGGUCGGGGGAGCACGGUGGCAUCAGGCCUAUCAGGCCGAACUCCGGCGCCGGGGGAUUGCAUGGCAGACCGUGGAGGAGAAGGAGACCUUCCAAUUCGGCAGUGGCGCCCCGGUGACGUCACGACGUGCCUUCCUCUACCCGGUUGCGCUGGUGCCUGGCCAGCUGGAUGUUUUGAGAAUGUCGGAAGUUGAGGGUCAGGCGGCUUCGUGCCCAGGCCUUGUUGGCCCAAGUGAGCUUUCAAGAUGGUCGGUGCAGUUCGAUUUCAGGACCCGGGAGCUGGUCUGUGACCAAAGGCAGCCAACGCACCUGACGCCGACCAGGCACCCGGCACUGGACCUCACAAUGUGCUUGCCUCCCGGUGACCCUUGGAAGCAGCCAGGCCUCCUUGAGAAGGCACGUCUUCUACGACAAGCACCCCAGAGCCUGGCUUUUGUGGCUGCGGCUCCACCGGAGAGCCAGCACGAGACCUAUCUUCAGGACACCUCCGACGAGCAGACGGAGGAAGAGCACCCGGCAGACCACGAGCAGGAUGAGGAGCAGCGUUGGUUGGAAUACCUGCAGAACGACCUCGGAGUUAAGGUCAUUGAGGAGCUGCCGGCAAGAGAAGCUCGGCGAGGCGGUGGAGCUGAUGAUCGGUUUUCGGUGACGUCCCAUGAGUUUGGUGUGGAGCUGACCGCUUCUGAGGAGGAGGGGUCGGAGGAGGAAAUGAUUCCGGACGAGAUCUUCCUGGAGCAGGGAACAGCCAAGUUCUUGCACAAGGACAGGCGCCGAGCGAUUAACCAGGCUGCCCGGGCUGUUCGGGAUAUGGCUCUUUCUGGUCGUCCCGCGGCCUCUCCGACCACAUGUACUACAACCUCAGGCCCACAACAACCUCAUGUUCGUCGAGCCGGGCCUUGGCGAAUUCUGGAAGUCUUUCUGUGCAGUAUGACGGUCAGCCUCCUGGCUGCCGCUCGGGGCUGGCAGGCGGGACAACCUGUCUCUAUUCCAGCCUUCGACCUGAGCCGCCCGGCGGAACGACAAGAAGCCCGGCACUACGUGCGACACUUUCAGCCGGACCUGCUCCUGGUGGCGUGGCCUUCGACCUCUGCUACCUUCUUUGCUCGUGACUUUGGGGUCCCGACCGCCCACGUGUUGCAGGCCCAGCACCACGACCAACACCGCCGGGAGCCAUUGUGGAGAUUUGCACAUGACCUUCUUUUGGCACAACGGGCGCGCGGUGGCUUUGGUCCCGCCGGCGACCCGGUCUGGCAACAUCCUCUACUACAAGCUGCAGUGGCCGGAGCGGCGGGUGCUACAACCGACUUGUGCGCCUUUGCCACUGGCCGCCCUGCCCUUCGACAACCUACCCGUCUGGCUGGCGAUUCUGCUUUGCUACGCUCCCUGGCCGCCCGUUGUCCUGGCCAUCCUCACCAUCGACACUCUUUUGGUUCGGAACGUGGCCCUCGAUGCUCCCGUGGCCGAUGGUUUUCGGAUGACUGUCGAGUUUUGCCGCAGGGGUGGUGCACCAAGCUGGAGGCGGCGGAGCGAGUUCUGAAGCAGCGGGGCAGAAUGUUGGUGAGAACUGCUUCCUUUGUGACCGAACCCCUGUUGCCGGAGGAGGCCUUUGUUGAGGGCGACGAGGAAAUGCUUCACGAGGCACCGGUUGCCCGAGAUCCGGCGGCUAGUGACGAGAGCUGGCUGGAUGGUUUGGAGGUGGACCGCGGGGACCUUGAAAAGCCCCGGCCAGGGCACGACAACGACACCCACAACGACCGAGUUCCCCACAACAACUCCAAUCCGGAAGGGCCUGGCACGGAAGCCGCAGAGGGCACAGACGAUACCCACAACGGCCUUGUUCCCAACAACAACUCCAAUCCGGAAGGGUCCCAACAACAUGUAGAUCAGCUACGGGAUCUUUUGGCAGCUGGUCCACGAGAUGUACCCCAUGAUGAUCCAGGUCCUCAGCCGGUUGAUGGCGUUGGUGUGGAGCCGGGAUCAAAGCUGGAACGGUUGCACUUGGUACACAGGAGGCUGGGACAUCCCUCGAAUGAAGCCUUAGUCCGGAUGUUGCAAAUGGGCGGUGCCACCGAGGAGUUAGUUGAGAUGGCUCGUACCUUGAAGUGCCCCACGUGUCAAAUGCGGAAGCAGCCGACUAGACCUUUGCCGGCGCGCCCGGGAUCCAGGCCCAUUGCUUUCAACUACGAGGUGCACCUGGACCUGAAGUACAUCAAGGAUGCUGGAGGGCAGCUGUAUGUGGCACUUUCUAUGGUGGAUGCUGCGACUUGUUUUCAUGCGGCAAGGGUGCUACGUUGCCGAGAGCCAGAACAUGUGGCGGCCAAGUUCAUGAGUGGAUGGCUGUCCAUCUUCGGCAUCCCGGUGGCCAUUGUCCUGGACCAGGGCGGCGAGUUCGAGUCAGAGUUCAUAGCCCCUUGCGCUCUGCAGGCAAAGAACUCUACGAUCAGCCGCCGUGGCCAUAGCUCCCACCAACUUGUGUUUGGGCGCCAAGCCUACUUGCCGGAGCUCUUGGACGAGGAGGUGUGGUCUGCUGCCGGUCUCGGUCAGGCUUUGUCUUUGGAGGGCGAAGUCGCACGAAUGGCGGAGAUGCGGGCGGCAGCUAAGGUGGCCUUGCUGCAUGGUGAUAUCCACGAGAAGCUGAAGACCGCCCUUCGGCGAGCACCCGGCGGGCAAACUCGUGCAUUCGCCCCCGGUGAGAUGGUCUUCUUCUGGGCCCCCAUUUCGGACCCGAAGCGGAGGCGAUAUCGUCGUGAUGCUGGAGCAUGGCGCGGCCCCGCGGUGAUCCUUAUGCCGGACGGUGCCCAGAAGUACUUCAUAUCAUGGCGUGGGCGGUGUCUUCUGGUGGCGGCAGCGAAUGUGAAGGCUCACUUGGAAAAGGGCUUCGUUGACUUGUCGGAAGAGCCAGGGGCCCUGGUGUUUAUGCACACCAACACCCUCGGCCGGAAAAUGACCGAGUCUAGAAAGAUGAUGAGCAGUCUGAAGAGUGUGAAAAAGAUGCUCAAGGUCCCUUUGUCUGGUGUGCGCCGGCUUCGCCCUCGAAGACCUCCUGGUGGAGAGCAAAAGUUGGAAAAGGAAGCCGAACCUCCUUUGCAGAAUGCUCCCGAACAUGAAGCAGGGGAGCCGCAGAGAGAGCAAGCUGAGCUUAAUGAGGCCGGGCCUCCUCCCAACUACGUGGACUCCGAGGAGAGCUCUGGAUUGGACCACGCCGAGAUUGAGGAGCUUUGGCGCGGGCCUCCACCAAGUCCUGAAACUCUCCAGCGGCGGCGGGCUCAACUGAUGGAUGACCUUCCUGAGUCUGUGCGGGCCUUCCACAAGCGCCGCCGAGAGCAGGGACCAGAAGGAGGUGAGCCGGAAAGCCCGGCCCAUAAGCGGAUGCGAGAUGUCGCGUUUGUGAACUACGUUUUCGCGGCUGUUGCUGAGAAUGAAACCAAGAAGGAGGGAGCGCUGAUGAACGAGUGGCUGGGCCGAGAGCAGUCGAGCUCUACGUUGCAUAGCUCCUCUGUGGCGGCGCCAAUGUACGUGAAGAAGGAUGGUGUGAUCUACGAGACCGCUGCGGUGGAUGAGAGGGUUUUCUUUGCCGCGGCCAACGACCUUCAGGAGAGCGUCGCCCAGACUGAGGCCUUUCUUCUUCGCCUGAAGGCGAGCGGCAAAGAAUUGGAUCCCCGAUUCUUUAGCAGUGAGGAGCAGAAGGCCUUCGAUGCUUCUGAUGCGCUGAGUGGCAGGCGAUUGGGCCCAGAGCAAGCUCGACGAGUCCCUGCCCACCGGGUCUUCAAGGUGCCUGCCCGAAUUGUGAGAACGAACAAGGCAGCUCUGGCGUCGGGGAAGCUUCAGGCUAAAAGCCGGAUAGUGCUUCCCGGCCACAUGGACCCAGAUGUGGGGGAAGUGAGAACAGAUUCUCCAACGACCCAGGCGACUGCGGUGAGGAUGGCUAUGGCACUUUGUGUUUCGCGCCAGUGGUUGUGCUACCUGUUCGACGUCUCCACCGCCUUCUUGAGUGGCAAGGAAGUGGGCCGUGAGUUGUACGUCCGCCCACCAAGAGACCUGAAAGGAACAGCUCUUCACGAGUUGUGGUUGAUCCUUCGCAGUGCCUAUGGUUUGGCGGAGGCUCCUCGAUUGUGGUAUGAGCGCGCCAAGGAGCUCUUGACUGAGUGUGGCUUCCUCGAGCUCCCCUUCGCCUUGUGUACCUUUGUCUGGAAGGAUCCGAAGACCGGGAAGGUGAUGGCGGUGCUGUGCCUCCAUGUUGACGAUGGCAUGCUGGUGGGAGCCCGUGGCUCCAUAGGGCAGCUCAAGGCAGCCAUCGACGCGAGGUUUCAGAUUAAGGUCUGGAAUUUGGUCCAAGAGAUCCCGCUGGACUACUUAGGCCUUAAGGUGUUUAUGAAGGGUGGCAUCUUCUACAACGACAUGACUGCCUAUGUCCUUGCCAUCCAGCCGCCUUCCACUGCGACUCUGAAGAAGCACGAGGUGCUGAAGGAAGAGUCGCUGAAGGCCUACCGCCGUCUUGUCGCACAGCUUCGUUGGCCUGCGCACCACGUCUUGCCGGAGCUGCUGUUGGAGGUCAGUGCCCUGGCCCAACGAGUCUCGGGAGCCACCCGUGAAGACCUAUGUGCCGCGGUGGAACUUUUGGAUCGUUUCCACGCAGCUGCCCGAGAAGGACGUGCUUGCUUGGCAUUUCCUCCGCUUGGAGAGGACCCAGUGCUGGUGACCUUCUUCGACGCUAGCCUGGGAAAGACCGGAAGCACUUCGGCGCAGCGUGGCGAGGUUCACUUUGUGGCCGCGAAGGACUGCCUCCAAGGUCCCGGCCGUGCUGCUAUUCUAGAGUUCCACUCGAAUAAGAUCAGCCGAGUGGUCCGCAGCAGUAUGGCUGCAGAGUGCUGCAGCAUGACAGCGGCAGCGGACAAGCUUUUGUACAACCAGAAGUUGUUCGACGCGUUGUGGCACGGCUUGGUGGACGUGGGCCCUGGCUGGAGGUCCGAGCUUCGUGUUCCUGGUCACUUGGUGACCGACGCCAAGUCGGUGUAUGAUCACACCCAAGGCACGGCCAUGGCUUCUGAGCGCCAGACGGCUUUGGACAUUUUAGCAACGAGGCAGCUGAUCCAAGAGGGCACUCUCAGCCUUCACUGGGUACCCACUUGGAAACAGUUUGCGGAUGGCUUGACCAAGGCCAUGGCGGACGAGCUUUUCCAACGCUUUCGGACCACCGGGCGGCUGUCUCUUAAGGAGUCGGAAGCGGACCGAGUUGAGGAGGAAAGGCGUGCUGGGAUUCGGAAAGCCCAGCGCGAAAGGCGCAAAGUUCGGAUGCGCCAGCUUUGA